AUGUACGGCUUCAAACAUAUCCAGUACAUUGACCUCCCUGCGCUACCCUUGGAUGUCACAGAGGCGUUCACUCCGAACUCGCUCGAUGCUGGGAGGGUGUAUCUCGGCGUUUCUCUCGCGAUUUUGAUCUCGUUCAUGACCUAUUAUGUUGUUACGCUUUCCCUGGAGCUAUACAGGACUAUAGCCUCCCUCUCUAGCCCCCUUCUUCGUUCUACGAAGGAGGUUCUACGAUCGUCCGUUCAAACUGUUAACUCCUACUCCUCGGAUGCGACGUCACUUCAACCGGAAAUGGAGGGCAUCACCAAGAUAUCCUCUACAUCGGCACCUUCGGCGGACUUGGAUUCUUCUGAGGACGGCGCAAGCACCUCCGAUGGAGCUUCGCAGGUUGACUCCCAUGAUGGCGCACCGACUGUCACACUAGAUGGCGAAGGUCCACGCAUUCCAGAAGAUGACAUCGUAGAGGUGCCCACUGAGAUUACCUCGCCGGAAGAAUUCGUGGACGACGCUAGACCUACCCUCGCUGAUGUAAACUGCCAUUAUCCAGUCGAGCAGGCCCAAAGCCCACGAACGGAGCACGAAGCUCCGGAAAGUCAAGUCGACCAGGCGGAGAGCACCGAGCAUGACGUCGAGUCCCUCCCCAUCCCAGACCUCACUCCUGUCGCUGAUAUCUCUGAUGAAGCCGACAUUCUCGGAAGCGAGCAGCCUAACGCAGGUGGUCUGGCAAGUGCGUCCGUCGGUGCGGAGCAAGCAAUCGACAUUGCGUUCGAUGCCUCUCUUAGCUUCCUACUGCUCCCUGCGCUCCCUGUCACCGCUGGUCUUGAAGCUGGCGACGACUCUCUACAACCCUCUGCCGCUUCUGUCGCCGUUCUUGCUACUGCCACACAUUGUGUCGAUUUGCGUCCCGAUGAUAUCGCCGAAGAGGUUCAAGAGGAAUCUCUUGCAGCCGUUCAGAGCGACGAUCCGGCCGCGGACAUUCACACUCGGGACACUGCUGGGUCAGAUGCGCAUUCGAGUGACCUUGUGCUCGCGGAAAGCACUGCUGAAGUAAUCACGGUCGAAGAGGAUAUUCCUAGUCCUUGCGAGGACGUUGCCACCGUAUCCAUUCAAGUCCUGGAGCAGCCCUGCGAAGAGUCAAUUACUGUUGCAGCGGAAGCGGUCGAUAUAUUGGCUGGGAGCGAUCCCGUUGGUGUCGACGACCGCAUCAUGGAAUCUGCGCUUCUCGUCGGAGAGGUUGAGCCGCAAGGGGAGCAGGUCAUAUCGGUCUCGGACGUCGAACAUGAACUUGAUUGGACGACCGUCGAACGUGAGGACUGCGAGGUGGAACAGGAACGCGUCCCCCAACCUGAGACUGUGACCGCACAUGAUGGUCUCUUGGGCGCACCGGAGGUGGCGCAGCAGAAAGCGGAGUUCACCCUUGUUCGCGAUGGUUCCGUCAGUGUGCUCACAUAUCGCGAAUGUGCUGGGACAGAAACGCUGGAUGUCAUCCGACUACCCGUUCCCUGCGAGGUCCCGCCGCCGAUCCUCCUACCUCCCGUCGCCUACGAGGUCCCCUCUGUAAUCAUCGAACCGGCCCCGCCCCUCGACACAAACCCCACUGCGACUGUCUCGCCCCCAGUCGCCGACUGUCCCGAGAUCGAGCGCACUCUAUGUCUUACACUUCUGGACGUUGCAGCAUGUCCGGUCCCACUCCUCGACGUUGCCGUCGGCCGGGUUCCUGCACCAACCCAUGUUCCCGUGGCUCCUGCGCCGACUCACGCCCCCGUGGCGCCUGCACCAAUUCAUGCGUCCGACCUGGACGAUCCCGCAGACGUGUACGUCGGACCUCUGCCGGACAAGCCGCAGCGCGUGCGCGUGCACACCGAGGAGAAUCCGGACUGGGCUGUCGCGCCCGAGCAGCCGAGGCCGCAACCGAAGCAAACUCAGUCGCAGCCGAAGCAACCCCAAUCGCAGCCAGAGAAACCGAGGUCGAAGCCGAAGCCCGAGCAAUCCCAGUCGAAGCCCAAGCCCAAGCCUCCGGUCUCUAGUGGGGGUGGGAAGAACACGAGCGGGAAUGUGAAAGGCGGACCGACAAGGAAGGUGUCGGGGCCGAAGCAAGGGCCGAAGUCGAGCGGGAAGCCGGGCGGGAAGGACGAGCAGAAGAAAGGUGCUCCGGCUCGGCCACCUUCGGCUCAGAGGCAGAGGGUUUCCUCCGCUCCCUCGAAGACCUCGGGCGUUCUUUUGUGGGCCGCGGCCGAUCCUGCGAGUGCCCCAGGAGCCCCAUCAAAGGCCUCAGCCGCUCCCGCGAAGGCUUCAGGCGGCUCUGGGACAGACAAGGAGCUGACGAGGAGGCGUUCUUCUCGGCUAGCAUAGGAGUGAGGAGAUACUUAGACGGCCGCGCUUGCCUGGAGCUGUGCGCGGUAUGACUGGAUAUGGACUGACGAUCUUACGACACUAUGCCGACCUACGCUACCCACGUUAUUUUUACCUAUCGUUCUCAGCCAUGUUGUACCUUCUAGUACUGUAUUCCUACGAUGAUCUGGAUGUGAAAUAUGUAUU